GCGACAAUCUCUCGACAGGAUGGCUACGGACACGAGUUAACGAUAACUUGGUUACCAACGUGAAUUGGUAACUCCAGUUUGGCCAUUUAUUGACGUACGUUUGCCACAAUGGUGGGGGAAACGCGAUGGCUGUCUUUGUUGGUGAUCAGCUGUGCGUUUGUGUAUUGGGUGCCUGUGAAUGCCGAAGAUUCGGAAGGACAAGAAUCAAAUAACGAGACAGAACGUUACCAACUUGUUGUGUUCGACUUCGCCAGAGUGGAAUUACCCUAUGUUAUAUGUCUAUGGAUUCUGAUAGUUAGCUUGGCCAGAAUAGCAUUCCACCUUCACCAUAAGCUACCUUUAGUUAUCCCGGAGAGUUGUCUGCUCAUUGUUCUGGGCCUCAUUGUCGGUGCUAUCCUCCACUUCAGCCAUGUUGCCACCACCAGCGAGUAUGUCCUUGAUGCCAACGUUUUCUUCAUUUACCUGCUCCCUCCCAUUAUCUUUGAAGCAGGCUACUUCAUGCCAGUUCGCUCUUUCUUUGAUAACCUGGGCACCAUUCUGCUCAUGGCAGUGGUCAACACUUGCAUCAGUGCUGGCCUCAUCGGCGUGUCCCUGUAUGGCCUCUCCUGCUGGGGACUCUUCGGCCGACAAAUCAGCCUUCUCAGCUGUUUCAUUUUUAGCAGCCUCAUUUCUGCCGUGGAUCCAGUCGCUGUUCUGUCAAUUUUUGAAGAAGUCCAUGUCAAUCAGAUGCUUUACAUCAUUGUGUUUGGUGAAUCACUCCUGAACGACGGUGUUACAGUGGUACUUUACCAUAUGAUGGAGGGGUUCAUAGAGAUUGGAGAGGAAAAAAUCAUUGUGAUUGAUAUUGCUACUGGCCUUAGCUCCUUCUUUGUGAUUGCCUUUGGAGGCACCUUGAUUGGAAUUCUUUUUGGAUUAUUUGGCGGAUUCAUCACCAAAUACACCCAGCAUGUGACAGUCAUCGAACCUCUCUUCGUCUUUGUCCUCGGGUACCUGAUGUAUCUUACCUCAGAAAUGUGUCAUUUAUCAGGAAUUCUUGCAUUGUCUUUUGGAGGAAUCGUACUUCGUCAUUAUCUAGAGGCAAACAUUUCCCGCAAAACAAAAACCAGUAUCAAGUACUUCAUGAAAAUGUUGGCAAACAUUAGUGAGACCAUUAUCUUCAUGUUCCUGGGGCUCUCCACCAUGGUAGACACUCUGGAUUGGAAUCUCAGCUUCAUUCUAUUUGCCCUGCUCUUCUGUCUACUAUUUAGAGCCCUAGGUGUUAUAGUUCUCUCAUUCAUCCUGAACCGUCGCCGUCUGGUAAAACUGACUGGAAUUGAUCAGUUUAUCAUGGCCUAUGGUGGCCUGCGUGGAGGUAUUGCCUUCUGUCUUUCUUUGUCUCUUAAGGAGGAGCUGGUCCCGGAGAAACGCCUUUUCAUCACAGCAACGAUAAUCAUAGUGUUCUUUACUGUUUUUGUGCAGGGUAUUACCAUUAAACCAGUGGUAAAUGCUUUAAAGGUGAAAAGAGAAAAAAAUGGUGACCCAUCUCUUCACGAGAAAAUCAAUGAAACAUUCAUCGACCACUUGAUGGCAGGCAUAGAGGGUGUAACUAAGCGAUCGGGACACAAUAUGAUGCGGAGCAAAUUUCGUCAUAUUAACCACAAGUACAUCAAGCCAUGGCUGAAUCGCGAGUCUGUUAAACUGACAAGUACCAAGGCUGACAAGGUGUUGGAUAUCUACCACAGCAUCAGUGUCCAGGACGCCCUACAUCAGAUGGGAGAUGGCGAGGCAGUAGAGGUAGUGGGAGGACAUAAGCUUCCACUACUGUCAGCUGAGUCAAAAAUGAAUGGAUUUCACCAGGACAAUGUAAAGAAUGGUCAUUUUGUGCCUUCGUCGAAUACCAAGAAAGAUGAACAUCUCCACCACCUUCUGAAUGAGGGCAUGCUCAGACCAAGGACUACUUGUGUAGUUAAUCAAAAGAACUCUGUCCCAGAGAUAGAGGAGCACAAACACCAUGUACGUCCAGUGAAACUCUUUACUGAGGCCAGCGACAGUCACCCUAGUGUUUCUACUCCUAACUCCCAUAGCAACAGACAUACAGAACACACCUCUUUUUCUCCAGAGGCUAUUGAUGAAGUCUUUGAUAGUGGUACUGAUGAACAUGAAAAUGUGACUUUGAACUUCAAACCUGAUCAAGAAGAUUUCAAAGAAACAGUAGUGGAACCAAUGCCACCAACUAGCACAGCUACAGAACUGGAGUUGCCAUGGAAACGGCUCCUGUCACAAGACCCAAUUCCAUCAUCAUCACAUGUAUCAUCGUGUGAGGAGCCACUGACAGCUGAGGCUCCUACCUGGGUGAAUAAUUUAUCGUACAAUCAUCUUCUGGCAUCUGGGUCCCCCUAUGCCUCACCUGAAGUGACUGUUAUUCCCUGUCCGAAGGAAACUAAGGUCCCUGUGUACUCUGUGUUUCCCCCAGCUCCAUCAGCUGAAGGUGGUGGGUUGAUGCCUCCACCCUGGUCCACACACAGUGAAGGAUCACAGGAAGAGGAUGCACCAGUGUCAUCUGUCAAUAUGUGUCGCCCAGGUGACAAGAGUAACAAUUACCUGCUGUCCAAUCAUACAUCACCACCUCCCUCCCAUCACAUCAUCAUUCCAACCAUUCACCACCAGGACGGCUCCAUAUCACGUGGUCAGAUUAAUGAGGAGGCUGAUAAUAAACCACUCCGGUCUUUGCCAGGGUCAGCCUCCGCACCCGACCUCCCAAAACACUGGACACACAUUAACCCUAAAGGCAGGCUGCACUCGGAGUCAGUGUUGGAGGAGGCAAGGCUCCAGGAACAGCUUCAAAGCCGCGUUCAGGAAUGGCUGUGUGCAAAUAAUUCAAACAACGAUGGUAUCAUUAUCAACCUCAUGGAUCAGGGCACCCCAGAUAAUGUUAGUGACAAUGACGCAGACGAUGAGAGUGAUGAUCAGGAAGAUGACAACGAAGAAGAAAGCAGUCAUUUAUAACAACAGUGAACAGUAGUGUUUCCUGAUGUGCCUGAUUGUUCAGCUGAUCUGCUUUCAGAUUCAGUAGUGUUUUGGGCAGAUCACAUGAAUUUCAGCUGAUCCAAUUUGUAUGGUGGAGUGUUUGAGGCAGAUCACAUGAAUUUCAGCUGAUCCAAUUUGUAUGGUGGAGUGCUUGAGGCAGAUCACAGGAAUUUCAGCUGAUCUGGUUUGGGUGUAGCAGUAUUUGAGGUGGACAAGAUGAAAUUCAUCUGAUCUGGUUUUGAUGUUAGAGGUUGACAAGAUGAAAUUCAGCUGAUCUGGUUUGGGUGUAGCAGUAUUUGAGGUGGACAAGAUGAAAUUCAUCUGAUCUGGUUUUGAUGUUAGAGGUUGACAAGAUGAAAUUCAGCUGAUCUGGUUUUGAUGUUAGAGGUUGACAAGAUGAAAUUCAGCUGAUCUGGUUUUGAUGUUGGAGGUGGACAAGAUGAAAUUCAGCUGAUCUGGUUUUGGUGCUGGAGUGUUGGAGGAAGAUCAGAUGAUAUCACAGUACUUCCAUUCAAUGUUUGAUCGACACUGAUUAAUGUAUUCCCCAAUCACAUUUCCAGGGAACAUUCCAACGACAUGCAAAUAUGCUCCUUGAUGAAAUGUAGUCAAAUUAAUUGUGUAUUUGUUUAAAUGUAUAUGACAUGACAUAUUGACAUGUUGAUAAUAAGGCACUGGGAUUUUGUGUUAGGUUUCAUAGCUGAAUGAUAUAUUGAUAACAUGUUCUAUCUUUAUCAUAAUUCACAUAACCAUUAACAAAAUUUCUGUGUUUGUUCUGAAAUUUAAAAAGACCAUUCCUAUAUAAGAUGAAUAUUCUACACUGAUUUAAAACGUUGAAUUUAUUGAUGUAUUGAUGUGAGGGUGACGUUUGACACAGCUGAGUGCUGUAAUUUGGUAUAUAUCUAUAUAUAAAUGAUUGUAUUUAUAAAAUAUGUGAUAUUUGUUCUACUUAAUGGUGUACAUUUUUUAUAUGGACAGUCUGAAUAUUUGUCCAUUACACAUGAACAGUUGUGUGAAAUACCGACAUUUGUGAUUGUCUAUGUUGACAGCCUGUGCUUGAUAAUUUUUUAUUUCUUUUGUGCUUCACACAGAUGUGUUCAGUAUUGGAGACUUGGUCAUGUCAUUACUAUCAUUUUGUAACUUUGAUGCAAAUUUGAGGAAAAUAUUUUCAGAAGAUAUUACAUGUACCAGACUUGAACACUGGUUAAGUAACCAGACCUGUACUUGGGUGAACUAGCCAGACUUGAACGCUGGUUAAGUAACCAGACUUAUACUGUGGUUAAUUGGCAAGACUUUUGCCAUGGUUAAUUAGCCAGACGUGUACAUUGGUAACUAACCAGACCUGUGCUGUUGUUAAUUAGUAAGACCAGUACGUUGGUUAACUAGCCAGGCCUGACAUUAGUUAACUAACCAGACCUGUACCUUGGUUUACUAGACAGACCUGUGCAUUGGUUAACUAACCAGAUCUGUGCUGUUGUUUACUAGUCAGACCUGUACCUUGGUUAACUAGCCAGACUUGUACUAUGGUUAACUAGCCAGACCUGUGCUGUUGGUAAUUAGAAAAACCUGUACGUUGGUUAACUAGACAGACCAGUACAGUAGUAAAUAACCAGACCUGGCAUUAGUUAACUAACCAGACCUGUACCGUGGUUAACUAGACAGAUUUGUACAGUAGUUAACUAACCAGACCUGACACUGGUUAAAAAGUCAGACUUGUCCACUGGCUAGUUAAAUAUUUGCAUCCGCACACUUCUGGAAUAACUAUAUAUUGUUUGUUUUUUAAUCUAAUUCCAUAACUUUAUUUAUGUUGCUGCUAAAGCGUGCCAGUCGUUUGCCAUGAAUCAACGAUAUUUUGAUUGCUUUUCGUGUUGACAACAUUUGCUGUACAUUCUAAGACCUGUCAAUUUUACUACUUGAUUCACAACAUUAAUGUUUAUAUCAUUGAAGUGUUCCAGAAAGGUGUUCUUACGUAUCUGUGUGUAUUAUUUUGAUAGCACAAGUGUUGAGAUAUAGAAAAUCUUGUGUUGGUUAUACUUGGACUCAUCCUGUAUCAGCUUUAAUGAGUGUAAGAUAAUUAUACUCUUCUAGUCAGUGAAGAUCUUUAUUUAAACAAGGUUGAAUCGUACCAAAGAUGAUGAUAUCGGUGAAGUGUUACAGUUGUCUCCCUUGUUUACAAAUGUGACACUUCAGCUACACUAUCACUGUAAUCUUGUUCAAAGGAAUCAACUCUUGUCUUUUACUAAAUUGUCACCCCUUUUGUCUUUCAAAUUGUAUUUUUCUUUUGUUGAAUUAAUCACCAAUUUUAGAAUAUAAAAAUAAAAUGGAAGAAACAACAAGAUGAAUACUAAGUUGUCUCCAAUGGUAGUGCCUGUCUAGGCAUACUAUGUACCAUACUGUAAUGGUGUUUCAAAUUUUCAUGGAUUAACUGAAAUCAUGAAACAAAAAAGUUAAUUCUAAUGAAGGUUAAGUUAUGGAUUAUGCCUUCUGUAGUCAUUUUGUUCUCAAGGUACAAUAAUGUAUGUAAUUCUCACAGUUUUAUACUCUCCUCUAAAAUAGCAACAAAUAGAAAUUCCUUUACAGUAGAUUAAAUCAGAUAAAGGGUUUACAUUAUUGACAGCGAAGAUCUGGUAUUAACUAAUAUCUUUAACCUUGACAAGAUAAAAAGUCCUAGUAUUCGGCAUUAUUUCUGUAACAUAUUUGUUUAAUGUUUACAAUGUUUAAGAAAAUACUAAAAUGUUAUUUAUCAUAAAAGUAUGAAACUUGCUGUAGAUUACAUCAACAUUUUAAAAUAGAGGGUCUUGAUGUAAGGUCAAUCAUUAAUAGGUGAAGGUUAGGUCAAGGUUAAACCUACUGGUGCUGUACAAUGCUCUUUAAUUGUAUGAUUGUAUAAUCAAACAGUAUAUAAAAUAUGUGUGUUUUUACCUGAGGUACAUUGUAUGUGUAUUGUCAGUCAGUGGUUGUAUAGAUGAGCUGUCUACCAAAUCUUAUUUAUUUGAGUAGUUUUACUUUAAAUAUUAAGUGAGAUCUAUAUGUCCAGUCUUCAGUGUAAAAUGAUGUAUAAAGAUGAAUUCUUCAGUUAUUAGAUAUUGUGAGGAGGAACAGGGCAUUUUCCUGUAAAGUAACAUUGUCAGAGGAAAUUUUAGGUUGAUAUUUUUUCACAAGGAUUUUGAAUGUUUAGGAAUAUUUUGAAAGUUAAUCUGUACAUAUAUAACCUGAUGAUGGAGCUCCAUGACUUUUCGUACCUGAAUAAGAGGGUGUAUUUAUGUCCUUUUUAUAAGUAAGAUGGUUUGAUCUGUUGUGAGAGAUUAACAAAGUGAUGUAAAAAGUGGUGUAUUUACUUGUAGUUUCUAAAACGUCUUAAUGAUAAUAGUCUUAUGUGUAAAAACCUCUUUUGAUGACACACUGAUAAUAGUUGGAUAUUGGUACGAGUUACUACUGUGACAAAUCUAGAAUUUCUAAUGUUACCUAGUAAAGGCCUUUGUAAAAUUUAGGAUUUGUAGGCUACUAAAACGAUAAUGAUUUCAUCAUAGAUUCAGUAAUGGACAGCAUAUUUUUCAUUUUGUGUAAAGGAUUUUUUCAUGAUGUUUUAGCUUGAAAGAUUAUCAAGUGCUUUCUGACGUGAUAUCCCCAAUGAUGCGAUUUUAAUUUAUAUGUUUUUAGUACUAGUCACUCUGAAACUUUACUGUCAUAUACAAUCAGUUGUAAUCUAUAUCAGGCUGUAGGUAGUAUAUUGCCCUGUAUAUUCAUCAAUAAUAAAUUAUAUAUGAUAUACAUGUAUAUACAUUGCCAUAGAUGUCUAGGCAUGAUAUGUAUUACACUAUCUAUUCAGUUGAGAUUGAAUGUUAUAAGGUACAUUAACAUACUGUAAAUAUUUUAAAUAUUUUCAUCUCAGUUCAUGGUUGUAUUAAUUUCAAGAUGCAUUUGGGUUGGCACUUAAUGUUGUGGAUAAAUUUUGCUCAAGAAUUUCACAAAUACUGUAAUCAAUGUCAGCUGUCUGUCCAUUUUGUCAGGCCAUAUCAAUUUACUGAUCUGAAAAAUCAAGAAUUCAAGAAAACAGAUGACUUGAUGGUACAGAUUAAUUAAUGAUGCAGUGAAACAUGAACUGUUGGGAAAAAAAUAUGCAGAAAAAAGUAGAUGAAAAAGAAAUAUGUCUGAAACCAAAUCGUCCACAUUACCUGACUUUCUAUAAAUUAUUUAGUUGUUGAAUAUUCAAACUUUUGAUCAAUAUUUCGUUUUUUAACAGUUUAGAUAAAUUGUAUUAGAUUAUUUUCAAAUGUCUGAAACAUCUUUGAUCCGUGAUGUUGUAGCCAGUUGACUGUGGUUAUUAUUUCAUUUUUGUCUUCAGCGUUUAAGCCUUUAAAAAGUUUUUAAUUUUGUAAGUGUGUAUAUCUCAAUCAAUCUGACAUAUCUCAAUCUUUGAUCUGUGUUAAAUGUCUUAAAUGUUGAGGUAUUCACUCAUCUUAAAAUUGUCUUCAAUAUUCAGAUAUAAGGUCAGAUAUACAGGUAAGCCUUGAUCUGUCUGUACAUCUGUCUGGCGAUGUUGAAUACAGCUGAUUUCAUGUAAGUGUCUGGCAAUGUUGAAUACAGCUGAGUUUAUGUAAGUGUCUAGCGAUGUUGAAUACAGCUGAGUUUAUGUAAGUGUCUAGCGAUGUUGAAUACAGCUGAGUUUAUGUAAGUGUCUAGCAAUGUUGAAUACAGCUGAGUUUAUGUAAGUGUCUAGCGAUGUUGAAUACAGCUGAGUUUAUGUAAGUGUCUGGCGAUGUUGAAUACAGCUGAGUUUAUGUAAGUGUUGCAUAUCAUAGUAUUAGAUCAUUCUCUAUAUUACACUGCUCUCACUAAUAAAAUAAGACACAAUGAUAGUUCACAAUCUCAAAAAUUAAACACAUCAUACAGUACUAAGACUUGCCAAUUUAUGCACGUUGUAAGAUAAAUCUACACUUUCACCAAUGAAGUGUACCAUAUUGAUGUUGGGAUAUGUUUUAUGGCGCCUUGUGAAUGUGAUCGAAUCUAUGUUUAGAAUUAUUUGUAAUGAUAAUCUCUUUAACAUGUUUGUACCAAUUCAUAGGCUUGUUGGAGCUCCUCAAUGUAAAACAUCCAUUUGCAAACACACUAUAUAUGUCUUAAUUCCCACGAUUUGAUGGAUUAAGUGAUCAUUGACCAUAUAUGGUUGUCAUAUCUUGGUAUGAAUUUUAGCUUUACUGAUACACAAAUCAAUCAAACGGAUUAUUAUGUAAUAAAAUAUUGAAAUAAAA